AUGCAUCCAUCAUACCAACAUCUAUUGGGAAAUCUCUUAGUGAUUUCCAGUACCAUCAUCAGUUGGCUGGUACCAUCAGUAUCAUCAGGCUGCAGUUUGGCAGAGAAUCAGAAGACAGACGACGUCACUGCAUACACAGGAGACUCAGUACUGCUGCCCUGCUCCUGUACUGACCCACAUGCCAAACCUAAGAGUUUCACCUGGAGGAAACACAACACAAACAGAAACUCAUGGGACGUGAUCACCAGUGAGAGUGAACAGUACAGAAACAGAGUUCAGAUGGGUACUGCUCACUCUCCAGGAAAUCUCUCUCUACUCAUAUCACACCUGACUGAAGAGGAUAAGGGAUACUACAGGUGUUAUCUUAACCAGUACUAUAAAGACAUCAGUCUCACCGUUAAAGGCUGCAGUUUGGCAGAGAAUCAGAAGACAGACGACAUCACUGCAUACACAGGAGACUCAGUACUGCUGCCCUGCUCCUGUACUGAACCACACGCCAAACCUGAGAAUUUUACCUGGCAGAAAUACAACACAAGAAGACAAACAUGGGAUGUGAUCACCAGUGAGAGUGAACAGUACAGAAAUAGAGUUCAGAUGGGUACUGCUCACUCUCCAGGAAAUCUCUCUCUACUCAUAUCACACCUGACUGAGGAGGAUAAGGGAGACUACAGGUGUUAUCUUACAAACCAGAAAUAUAAAGACAUCAGACUCACCGUUAAAGGCUGCAGUUUGGCAGAGAAUCAGAAGACAGACGACGUCACUGCAUACACAGGAGACUCAGUACUGCUGCCCUGCUCCUGUACUGACCCACAUGCCAAACCUGAGAGUUUCACCUGGAGGAAACACAACACAAACAGAAACUCAUGGGACGUGAUCACCAGUGAGAGUGAACAGUACAGAAACAGAGUUCAGAUGGGUACUGCUCACUCUCCAGGAAAUCUCUCUCUACUCAUAUCACACCUGACUGAAGAGGAUAAGGGAUACUACAGGUGUUAUCUUAACCAGUACUAUAAAGACAUCAGACUCACUAUUAAAGGCUGCAGUUUGGCAGAGAAUCAGAAGACAGACUACAUCACUGCAUACACAGGAGACUCAGUACUGCUGCCCUGCUCCUGUACUGAACCACACGCCAAACCUGAGCGUUUUACCUGGGAGAAACACAACACAAACAGAAACUCAUGGGACAUGAUCACCAGUGAGAGUGAACAGUACAGAAACAGAGAUCAGCUGGGUACUGCUCACUCUCCAGGAAAUCUCUCUCUACUCAUAUCACACCUGACUGAGGAGCAUAAGGGAGACUACAGGUGUUAUCUUACAAACCAGAAAUAUAAAGACAUCAGACUCACCAUUAAAGGCUGCAGUUUGGCAGAGAAUCAGAAGACAGACGACAUCACUGCAUACACAGGAGACUCAGUACUGCUGCCCUGCUUCUGUACUGAACCACACGCCAAACCUGAGAGUUUCACCUGGAAGAAACGCAACACAAGCAGAGACACAUGGGAUGUGAUCUCCAUUGAGAGUGAACAGUACAGAAACAGAGUUCAGCUGGGUACUGUUCACUCUCCAGGAAAUCUCUCUCUACUCAUAUCACACCUGACUGAAGAGGAUGAGGGAGACUACAGCUGUUAUCUUACAAACCAGAAAUAUAAAGACAUCAGACUCACCGUUAAAGAGGCUCCAUAUAAACCUGUAAAUCCUCCUCCAGUGGACACUGACACAACAAGUCCAACAGCUUCAACUAAACCUACUACUACAAUGACGUCUCCAAAUGGUGCUCACACUUCUCCACUGUACACACGUCAUGUCAUAUUAGCUGGUGUGGGGGUUUUACUGCUGUUGAUGGGAUUAGGAGGAGUCAUCUGCUGGAGAUACAGAGUUCAGAGACGUGAACAGACGGUGAGCAGAGAGGGACAAACAGGACAGAGGAGAGAUCAGCAGACACAGGAUGAUGUGAUGUAUUCUACUGUAGCCCAAAUUAACACCACCAGACCAGCACCCAGAGCAAUGGAUAAUGGAGAUAAUACAGAAUAUGCCAGGAUCAAACUAAAUUAACAAACUUAAAUUCACACACACGGGUAUACGUGCGUGCGCACACACACACACACACACACACACACACACACACACAGGGACUUUUAUUGUAUGGUAUCUAGCCAAUGAACUGUUAUGUUCUUCUGUCUUGGUUUCAGUGCUGACUUUGUAUAAUUUGCUGUAUUUUACUAAUUAACUGCUAAUUAGUUACUUCAGGUGUGGUUUCAGACUGGCAUAAGUUAGGAAUUGUAGGUGGAGGACUAACAGUAACAGGGGCAGGACUAAGACUGAUAACAUUACAGUGUAGCCACUCCAAGAACCAGAGUACUUGGGUUUUAUUCCUUUUGGGUUCAUCUUCUGCUUGGGAAAGGAGGCUAACCGCUAAAUCUACAACUAAAAUUGUGACUCCUACAAGCAAGUACCGUUUUUGUUCUGUACAUUUGCAAAAACUAUUUGUUUUAUUGUUACAUUAUGGAUUUUUGUCAGCAGAUUGUCUUUUCUGCAUUUUCUGUAUCUCGAAGCAUUUUUGUAUAUUUAAUCUUUAAAUAGUAGCACAUUUUUCUGUUAUUAAGCAAGUCAUUUUAGAGUCAAAUGCUAACCGUUUUCUGUAUGCGUCACUUGCACUGUGAGAGUCUAUUGUUGUUUCAGAAAUAAAGAGCCAA